UUCACUCAAAACUGAAAGGUGGCUUAUGAGAAAGAAGCUUCGCGUCUGAGGAGCGCAGCCAACCCCGCCUCUUCCUUCUCCGGGUUACGGCCUUUUUACGACAAUGCCGCGUCGCAGUCUUGGUUUCCGGCAGCUACAGCUGAGCCCGAGCUCUUUCUGACAGGGUGUUCGCUCAUGUCCUGCAGAAGUUUGAAGUUUCUAGUGCCCCUACGGUAAUGAGCUUCUUUGACCUUUUCCGGGGCUUUUUCGGCUUUCGUGGACCUCGGAGCCACAGAGAUCCCUUUUUUGGAGGGAUGACUCGAGAUGAUGACGAUGAUGACGAAGAGGAGGAAGACAGAGGCACGUGGGGUCGAGGGAGCUAUAGGUUUGAUGGUUCUCAGCCUCCGGAGGAAUUCGGUUUCAGCUUCAGCCCAGGAGGAGGGAUGCGAUUCCACGACAACUUUGGCUUUGAUGAUCUAGUACGAGAUUUCAAUAGCAUCUUCAGCGAGAUGGGGGCCUGGACCUUGCCUUCCCACUCUCCUGAACUUCCAGGUCCCGACUCAGAAACACCUAGUGAGAGACUGCGGGAAGGGCAGACGCUGCGGGACUCAAUGCUUAAGUACCCUGAUAGUCACCAACCCAGGAUCUUUGAGGGGGUCUUGGAGAGUCAUGCAAGACCUGAAUCCCCCAAACCAGCUCCAGAUUGGGGGUCUCAGGGACCUUUUCAUUGGCUGGAUGAUAUAUGGCCUGUCACCCCCCGUUCUAGAGCCAGAGAGGACAAUGAUCUUGACUCCCAGGUUUCCCAGGAGGGUCUCGGUCCACUUCUUCAACCCCAACCCAAACCCUAUUUCAAGAGCAUCUCUGUGACCAAGAUCACUAAGCCAGAUGGGGCCGUGGAGGAGCGCCGCACUGUGGUGGACAGUGAGGGACGGAAUGAGACCACAGUGACCCACCACGAAGCACAUGACAGUUCCAGCAGUGAUCCAGUCUCUGAAAGAUCUUCAGCUCUGGAUGAUCCCUUUUCCAUCCUGGAUUUGCUCCUUGGACGUUGGUUUCGGUCCCGGUAGCUUUGUUAAUAACCUUUAGAAGUCUUCAGGUCCUUUCCACUCCCUUCAAAUUGCCCAUUGCCAAUAAGCUUAGCUUUGUGUGUCAUCCUAAGGGUUGUAAGUGUGAGUGAAACAAUGCAUUGAGCUUGUGCCAGUCUGUCAUUCAUCCAAACUAACCAAUAAAGCCUUUAUUUAUG